AUGCCGAGGUCCUGCGGCAGUCGCUCAGGGCUCCUGCUGCUGGCCUUGCUGCUUCAGACCUCCGUGGAAGUGUGGGGCUGGUGCCUGGACAGCAGGCAAUGUCGGGACCUCACCACAGAAAGCAACCUGCUGGCUUGCAUCCGAGCCUGCAAACCUGACCUCUCGGCGGAGACGCCCGUGUUCCCAGGCAACGGGGACGAGCAGCCGCUGACCGAGAACCCCCGGAAGUACGUCAUGGGCCACUUCCGCUGGGAUCGCUUCGGCCCCAGGAACGGCAGCGGCGCGGCGCAGAGGCGCGCGGAGGAGGAGGAGGAGGAUGCAGCUGCAGCUGCAGCUGCAGCGGCUGCUGCGGCUGCGGCGGCGGCGGCGGCGGCGGCGGCGGGGGAAGCCGGUCGCUCGGAGCCCGGCCUGCGCGAGGGCAAGCGCUCCUACUCCAUGGAGCACUUCCGCUGGGGCAAGCCGGUGGGCAAGAAGCGACGGCCAGUGAAGGUGUACCCCAACGUCGCCGAGAACGAGUCGGCGGAGGCCUUUCCCCUGGAGUUCAGGAGGGCGCUGGCGGGCGAGCGGCCCGACGGCUUGGAGCACGUCCUGCAGCCCGACGCCGACGCCGACGGCGCGGCAGACGGGCCCUAUCGGAUGGAGCGCUUCCGCUGGGGCAGCCCGCCCAAGGACAAGCGCUACGGCGGCUUCAUGACCUCCGAGAAGAGCCAGACGCCCCUGGUGACCCUCUUUAAGAACGCCAUCGUCAAGAACGCUCACAAGAAGGGCCAGUGA